AGCCAGCGCGCCGCGGGGCGGUCCGGGACAGUCGGGCAAGACCCAGGCGAGCGCGCGGCGCGAGGGCUCUGCUCGGGGUCACGGUCCGGGUGGGCGCCUGCGGCCCCCGGGGAGGGGGCGCCUUCCAGAGGUGACCCCCUAGGGGGCAUGGGACCCCGGCCCCUCCCCCGCCUCCUGUGAUCGAGCAGCGGCCCGGGUUGCCGUGGGGAUGCCUGUCCAUCACCAGAAGUCAGACUCUUGGGAGAUGGACCCUGACUUGUCGCCGAGCUGCAAGCUUGGGGACCUGAGCCGGGGAAGCAGUUCGGACAGCCGGACCAGCAGCGCUCGCUCCAGAAGUCUCACUCUGGAUGAUGAGAGCCUGAAGUACCUCACACAUGAAGAAAAGGACGUCCUUCUGUUUUUUGAAGAGACAAUUGAUUCCCUGGAGGACGACUUUGGGGAGCAGGUGCCGUGUGCCGGUGAUGCCCAAUGCCUCUCUCUGCCAUCUGUGGACGAGAGCGCAUCCGGUCCCUCUGGGCCAGAGGAUGCUGUGGACUUGGUUAAGCCGGGCCCUGCAGCCGGGGAGCCUGAGAGCCUGCAGGAUGUAACAGAGGCAGCAGGGUCUGGCGCUGUUGGAGAGGAAGACAUCCCUGUCCUUGGAUGCAGGAAACAGGAUGCUGAGAAGUCUCCCCCGCCAGACCCCCCAGGUCCUGAGGCCCUGCUCCAGCUGCCUUCCCCGCCUGUCCCCGCAGCAGCCCCGGUCCACCCCAGGAGAGAACCGCCCCCUGCUCCUCCAGCGGAGCACCCAAAACUGCCCCGCUCAGUCCCCACUCCGCUCGUCAUCGCCCAAAAGAUGUCGGAGAAGUUGGCAGGAAAUGAAGCACUUUCGCCCACAUCCCCCUCCAAAGAGGUCAGGCCCGGAGAAUGGAGGGUGCUGACUUCCGGGGCCCCUCGACACAGAGACCACUCGCCGUGGCGCAGACACGCGGCGCCGCCCAAGAUCCACCGCUUCCCGAGCAACAUCAGCCUGAGCAACAGCACGGGGAAGGACUUCAAUAAGACCAUCUCCAAGGCCGCGGUCAACGUGCAGGAGCGCAAGGCCCAGGUUCUGGCCAACAUCAACGGGGUCUCCUUCCUCUCCGCGGGGGAGACGGAAGACCGGGCCCUGAGGGGCGACCUCGCCGAGCAGAGGAGAAGCGUCUCCCUGGAGCAGAGCCAGCCGGGCCCAGCCCAGGAAGCCGUCCCCGUGCGGGCAGGGGCGCAUGGCGCCCAGCAGUCCAGGGCCGUGCAGACGGAACAGCCUCUGCCGCUGGCCAACGGCUUCCAGAACAUCCACGAUGUCCUCAAGAGCCAGGCUGGUCCCUUCAUCUCUACGGGGAAGACGGUCACCUUCCGUCCAGACCCGGGGACGCUCCCCAGCAAACUUGCGUCCCGGCCUCCAGACUGCAGCCAGGAUGUUAGGAAGCGGUCCGGCUCGCUCCCCAGGGCCAUGGGAUUCAGGCCCCAGGGCAUCACUGUCCAGUUCUCGGGCCGGGGCUCCACGGAGGAGGCCCGUCGGGAGGCCCUGCGGAAACUCGGCCUGCUGAAGGAGAACUUGUGAUGGAGAGCGAGCGGGCGCUGGGGGAGGCAGGGUGGUCAGGUCCUUUUGCCAGAAAAUGGAUGUGCGCAUGCGUACGGCGCAGCGGCAAAGUCAGGACUGCGGUGCCUGGUUGAGGACCAGAGAUGCGGGCCCAGCCCUCAGUAGACGGGAUACCCUGCUCCGGUCCGCAAAUGAGCUGGGGCAUCCUUCCGUUCAAGAGGGUCCCGCACCACAUCCUGUCUGCCCUUUUCCAAGAGCUCGGAAAAUAACCUUGAAAACCUACAGAUUUCUAUGGUUUGUAAAUGCCACAUGUUUUGGGGCCUAGGAAGAGGGGGGUUGAGGCUGAUUUUUUGUUGAGUCUCUAACCUUUUAUCCCAAGUGGCAUGAACACGAAAGCCAGUUUACCAGUUUAGAUCUCAUACUUGUUUCUCUAAAAAAGGGGUCCUCCAAGAAAAUAAAGAAGAAAUUCUUUAUUUUCUCGCCCUGGGGAGCGAGCCGGACCGCUUCCUAAUAAAGAAAUUUUCUUUAUUCCAAGAAAAUAAAGAAGAAAUGCGUGUUCAACUUUCACAGUAUCUUAAAAUAUUUUUUUGGCUUUUUGUUUGUUUUUCAAGGGUGAAAGUAUGUUAGCCUGAGCUAUGCCUUUGUUUCUUGAUAUACUUUGGUUUGCCCAGUUUUGUUUUGUUUUUUAAUUGGAAAUUGAAGCCUUUAGAGUAUGACUUACUGUAAUUUUGUGUUAUGGGAGCAGAAUAGGAAGAUUGAGUUUGGACAAGGUGGUAGUUUUAAGAAAGCCAGUCUCAGACCACAGAGUUUGUGUGACUGGGAGAUAUGUGUAUGAGUGUGUACUGUGUAUAUAUACAUGUGCAUAAUAUGUGUUUAUAGAUACAUAUGUUAUUAUAUACAGAUAGAGGGGUGUGUGUGUAUAUAUAAACUUCUUACCCUAUUACAGAACUACAGGAUGCAAGCACUUCCUAUUGUUUUGAUAGACAAGCCAUCUCAGUGUUGAGAUGAUGACACAGAAAUGGUCACUUCCUAAUGAGGAAGUCUUUUAAGGACACAUCUCCAUAACAUUUCGGUGAUCCAAAGUGCUUUUACCUCAACAAUGCAUUCUGUUCCCAAUUAAAGGAAUAGUCCAAAUAAGCUUCCCACUCAGCAGGAGUUCCUUUUUUAGUGAAGUAGACUUUUAAAGAUGUCCUUUAUCACCUAAUUUUAAUUUAUCACCUCAUUUUAGUUUUGCAUGUUCUAAGGUGGCUGGUAAACAGAAGGAAACAAAAAGAUUCUUAACAUUCCCCUUGUUCUGUGGGCAAGAUCUCAGGAUUAAUUUAAAAGGGAAAAAAACUGAACUGGGUUCCACAGCCUGAAAAGAACUGGUUUUCUCCCAGACGAUGUCUUACAUGCUGAGUCGUAACCACAAGGAUUAUUAUCAAAACUAUUUCAGGGUGGAGUCUUAAACCUCUAAAAAUAGACCGGGAAGUACCACACUUGAAAGCUAGCCCUUUUGUUGUACAUCUCAGCCACUGUCACAGAUUCUGUUUCUUUCCUGUUGAGCAUUAUUUAAACUCAGACUUCUAAAUGUGCUGUGAAGGAUGUUUUUCAUAGUGUUCAGUUUGCCUUGUAACUUACAUAAAAUGAUUGUAAUGUUUUCCUUAGAAUGACAGUAUUUAGUGUCUCGCCCAGCCCGUGUCCUCCUGAAAUAGUCUCACAGAUUCCUGAUGGUCUUAAUUUAAAUAAGUGUUUUGAAUUUACAGGUCUUGAAAAAUAGUUUCUAUUUUACUCCUGUUUAUGUUGGAUGUGUUUAAAGGAUUCUUAGGGGCUCCUUAUUUCGUUUUAAUAAAGCAAGAUGCCAUAUUACAUGGUGUUGAAAAAUAGAAGAUCUUGAUAAUGGAACAGACUUGUGGUUGUCAAGGGGAGGGGGUUGGGGGGGGCUGGAGUGGGAGGCUGGGGUUAGCAGAUGUCAGCUCUUAUACAUGGACAGGCUAAACAAUAAGGUCCUGCUGUAUGUAUAGCACAGAGAACUCUAGUCAAUGUCU